UUGCUGCAAGAUAAUGUAUUUCGUGUCAGGAGGAUAAUGGUCGUCUCUGUUCGCAAUUACGCGUCACAAGCUAGUCUACGCAUCUAUCUUGCAUCUAUCUUGGGCUGAAGCGUGCGGGGGAUGCUUUCAUUUAUUCUCAACCCUCUCUUUCCCAAUACUCAUUACUCUUCAUCCUCUUCCACCUGCAUCUCAUACUAUGUCAGACAGAAAACUGCCCAUCGACAAGAGUGAGCGCAUCCUCAACGAGCUGCUCAAGAUUCCCGUCAAUACCAUCUGCUGCGACUGUGGAGCUGCCAAUCCAAAAUGGGCCUCAUACUCGCUUGGAUGCUUCCUGUGUGUGCGCUGCUGCAGUGUGCACCGCAAGAUGGGCACCCACAUCUCAAAGGUCAAAUCCGUCACUCUCGACUCGUGGACACAGGACGAUAUCGAUACAAUGAAAAACUGGGGCAAUGGCAAGGUCAAUGCCAUGUAUAUGCCCCACCCAGAGCGACAUCCACCGCCAACAAGCAUGGAAGGAAGUGCUAUGGAACAAUAUAUCCGGUCCAAGUACGAACGAAAAGAGUUCAUGGAGGGUGGAGGAGGCAACAAGCAUCAGCCCUCGUCAAGGUCAGCAUACGGUAACACAUUCUCCGGAGGAAGAGGCAGCAGCUAUAAUAACGACAUUAUCAACACUCAAUCCUAUACUACCCAAAUGUCCGCCCUGCGUGCCAUGGGCUUCACCGAUAACGCUAAGAACCUACAGGUUCUCCAGUCCACGGAUGGAGACGUGCCCAACGCGGUCGAAAUCCUUUGUCGUAUUGGCUCUGGACCUGUUACCUCUUCUGCCAAUCUUUCCGUCUCAAACUCUUCACGCAACAACCAUUCGCCGUCAAGAAAUUUGCCUCGGCGCAGCCCAUCCAGCAAUAGCACCAGUGCUGGCGGCAACGAUCCAAAGGAGACGAUUCUCUGGAACAUGGGCUUUCAUGAUACGGCUCUGAAUAAGGAGGCACUCCGACGCGCGGGAGGCAACCCCGAUGUCGCUGCUGGGAUCUUGAUUGAUGAGCGGGAUAAGUUGGCUCGGGCAGUGAGAGAUAAAUCGUCGUCUUCGCUGUUACCUGCGCGUCUGGAUCCUCCGGGUAGCAACAAGGUGCAGAAGAACGAGAGUAAUCUUUUGUUGGAUCUCUCUGACGAUAACAGCAAUAGCCAGCAGCAACAACAAAAUCAGCAGCAGCAGAUGUUUCAACAGCAAAUGCAGAUGCAAAAUGCCUUUGGAAAUUCGAGCCAGCAGUGGUCUAACCAGAAUUCCAUGGAUCAGUUCGGUCAAAAUCACAACCAACUUCAAUCGAUCCUGGAAAAGAACGCGAGCAUUCUAGCGCUCUACAAUUCAGAGAACAACAACAAUAAUAUGAAUAACAUGAAUGGGAUGCACAAUAUGAAUAACAUGGGCAAUAUGUUUGGAAAUAACACCAUGAACAACGCAUUUGGCCUCCAGCAGCAACAGCAAACAGGAAACUUUGGCGAUAUGAACUCAUGGGCCUUGAGCAACAACAACAACAACAACAACAACAACAACAACAACAAUUUGGCCAUGAACUCUGCGUUCGGAUUACAGGGCAAUAUGGUCACUGGCAGUAACGCCGGCAACAACCUCUUUGGCAACCCCAAUAACAACAACAAUGCCACGAGUAUGGGCAUGAGCAACACCCCGUCGAGUCUCUUCGGUCUUUCGAAUCAAGGAUCGGGCAACAAUUUCAACAGCGGCAAUGCUUUUGGUACGCUAGGCAGCACAAAUUCAGGCUUAUCUGGAAACAACAUGUUCGGUACGAUGAACGCUAACAGCAACACGACAGGUAUGGGCGUCUUGGAAUCAACAUCGCCCAUGACACCAUUCAGUACCAUAUCGAACAAUAACAACAUGAAUACGAACAACAAUGCGUUCAUGAACGGGACCAGCCAAGGCAUGAGUCCGAUGGGAAACAUGGGAACCGGCAUGGGCUUGAAUAGUACGAAUAGUAUGAACACUAUGAGCAGCAUGAAUAGUAUGGGUGGUAUGAACGGGACAAACAACAACUUCAACUCGGCCUUCGGACUGAACCAGAACAACAAUAGCAACUUUAGUAACUUCAAUAACAACAGCAAUCCAUGGGGGAGCAACAAUAACAACAGCAACAACAACGGAAACCUCUUCUAGAUACGCUCGACAAGCGUAAAAAACAUAAAAUAAAAUAGCCAGCCGGCUACUUC